AUGCUUUCCUUCCAUUUCUGGGAGUCCCAGGGUCAAUCUACAGAUGCUGCUCCUUCCGUGGCUGAUGGCAUUCAGACUCCUAACUGCCAACACCGCCAGGCAAACAACUGGACAGGACAGCUCAGCUGCCGGACGCUGGCCACAGUCUCGGCCAGAGCAGCAGCCCCUCAGUCUCCGACCACCUCUGCCGCUGCCCCAUCCAGGAGCUUCCCCCCCUCCCUCAGGCUUGCUGCGUCCCCGCCACAGGGGCUGAAGAACUGGGAGGUAGUGGCAGCAGCGGGAGUGGUGCCUACAGCCUUAGGGCCAGUCCAGGCCCGUGCAACCCUGCUCCGGGCAACUCUGAAGCCCCUCUGGGGCCAGAGAAGGACCCAGGACAUCCCCAUUGCUCACCAGUGCCUCUUCCUGUCGCUGAAACCUGGACGAGGGCUCAAAAUGGAAGCUACCACUCCUGAGCUGGAUUCGCAGGCCAGAGCAGUGGAGGUGGAAGACCCAGGGAGCAGAGCUCAAGGCAGCCAGGAGCUCCAGCAGCAGCUGCCGCCGCUUCCCAAGCCUUCAGCUUCUUCCCAGCUAGAGGCAAAGUGUGUGGAGAUGUGCACUUCAGCUGAAGUCCAGAGGGAGAGUCCCAGGACCGUGAAACUUACUCUGGGGCCCUGCCCUAAGGAUCGGAGUGCCUCUGGGAGCCCAAAGGAGAAAGCCCAAGAUGAUCCCAGCAGUCAGGAGUACCAGGCUCCAACCCCCCAAGGGAGUCCUGCGUCCUCCAGUCUCUCCAGAUCCCAGCUCUAUGCCACUGGUGAGGGUGGUAACUUCUCAUCCUCUUCAUCCUCCUCUCCUGUGGACAAAGCAGAAGAGGAUGGCCUUUCUAAAAUGGAAGAGUCUAACCCCUCUACUGGGGGUCUGGCCACUUCCUCUUCAUCCUUAGGGUUUGAGAGCGAAAGCGGUGAGAGUGAGGGUUGCCAGCCCAGGGGAGGAGAAAAACGGAGAAAAUCAGAAGGAGGAGGAGGUGGAGGAGGAGAAGGAGAUGGCACAGAGUGCAGGGACAUUAUUGCCAAGUCCCAGGGCAGCAGAGACCCCCCCAAAGACCAAGAGGCUCACUACAUCACCACCCAUGAGAUCCAGCUGAGUGAAGUGGAACAGGACAUGGAUUUCGAUGUGGGGCUGGCCUCCCGCUGGGAUUUCGAGGACAACAACGUGAUCUACUCGUUCGUGGACUAUGCUUCCUUUGGUGGCAGCGAUGAGACCCCGGGGGAUGUCACCACCCCCACUGAAGAAGAUGACGACAACAGCUGCUACCUCAGCACCACUCCCAGCACCAACGCCACCAGGACACCAAGCCCCAGCAGCAGUGACUUGGCCCGCCCCAACGCAGGGCACAGAGACCGUGACACCAGCAGCACCGAAGUGUGCAGCGGCCCCUCUGAUGGCGGCCCCACGCCCCCACCCACUGGGCCUGGCACUGCCCGGGUGAGCCAGCCCUUGCCCGAAUCCCUGGGGGCAGCUUCAGGGGCAGCAGCCGCCGCCGCAAGCAGCUGUGGGAGCGCAAGCCAGAUCCUCCUAUCAAUCAAACCGACUUCCCGGGCUAUAAAUGAGCCUAGCAACGUGCGUGCAAAGCAAAACAUUAUUUAUUCUGCCAAGCAUGAAGGCGACAUGAGCCUCCGCGUCUCUACAGCUGCUGAACACAAUUCAAGUUCACUGAAGCAAAACCCGGCUGCAGCCGUGGCUCAGGACCAUGCAAAGAAAUUCAUCGCCGUCCCUGCUCGCCUGCAAACCAGGUGCGGGGCCAUCCGGGCGAAGGAGCUGGUGGACUACUCCAGUGGAGCCUCCAGUGCGGUGAGCGAACUGGACGACGCAGACAAAGAGGUGCGUAACCUGACCUCCCGGGCCUUCCGCAGCCUAGCCUACCCCUACUUUGAGGCUCUGAACAUCAGCUCCCGGGAGUCCUCCACCACACUCUCUGAAGUGGGCUUUGGCCGCUGGUCGACCUUCCUGGACUUAAAAUGUGGAGGUGUUGGAGCCAGGGUGGAACAGAGCCUCCUCCGGAGCAGCGCGUCCUCGGUGGCCGCAGGUCUGAGGAAGGGCGGUGGGGCCAGGGCCCCUGCAGACCAGCUCUACAUCCAGUCCAAGAAGUCCCAGACCAAGGCCUUGGAGUUCGUGGUCAGCAAAGUCGAGGGGGAAAUCAAACACGUGGAGACACCCCUGUGUUUCCAGAAGCAGGUGCAGACGGGCUCCCGCGUGGUCACCCUUCUUGAGCCCCUGAAUUUACGCAGUGAGAGCAAAGCCAGCUCGGCCACUGGGACUUGCAGGGGCACCAAAGGCUGCAGCAAGGGUCCAGGGUCUGUGUACACAGACGACGACUCGGAGACCUCUGAAAGCAGCAAGCCUGCCUCCCGUGCAGAUGGCCCCCAGAAGUCCAAGUUCGCUUCCAGUCUGCUCAAAAAUGUUAUUUCCAAGAAGAUGCAGCGAGAGCAUGAGUUCAAAAUGGAGAGGGGAGAGGUCACCGACACAUCCCAGCACAAGCUGCCCCGCACCUCCAGGGAGCCGGAACCCUCCCCCGGGGGUGAGAAGCAGCGGGAGAGGGGCCUGCAGAGGCAGAGCUCCCACCACUCGGAGGCCGGCUCUGAGUACACGGUGGUCAGCGUGUCUGAUGCAGGUGGAGAAGGGUCCGCAGCAGGGUCUAAAUCCCCAGUUUUCAAAGCCUGUACCCCUCGGGAGAGCACUGCAGGCUCCGGCCGGAAUUUCCCCGAGGUACACACAGAAGUGUGUGAAAUUAAAAAGAGCGCCUCGGAGACUGUCAAGGGCAUCUUCCUGCGCAGCCAGAACAGUGCCUUCCGCUCGUGGAAGGAGAAGGAGGCAGAGAAGCGGCAGGAGCAAGCGUUGGUGGGGAAGCUGAAGCUCCCCAAAGGAGCAGACUGGAGGGCUGAUCUCGGGGAGAUCUCUGCCAGCAAGGCGACCAUCAUGUCUCGCCUGUUUGUCCCCAACAUCCAGCAGACACCCAAGGAAAAGCAGCCGGGGAAGCAGGCCACCAAGUACUCCGCUGCCCAGGCCACCUCCACGGCAGUCAUUAGGCCCAAGGCUCCCGAAAUCAAGAUCCGGCUGGGUAGCGUGCAGCAGCCAAGCUCUGACUUCAACAUUGCCAAGCUGCUCACGCCCAAGCUGGCCAGUGGCAGCGCCUCAAACCUCUUCAAGACCGUUGAGGACAGCAGCAGGGCACAGCAGAAACUCUUCCGUGGGGACAACCUGGAAAAAGUGCCCCAUUUUCAGGUGAGAGAUAUCAGAGACAAGUCCAAGGCUCAAGGCCCCCUGCACCAGGUGAGAGACGUGAGGAAACUCAUCAAGGGGUCAGGGGACAGCAGUGACAAGGGCAGUGUCACUCCAGAGCAGGGGCUGACAGGGCCCAAACCUAGGCAGCUGGCUGCUGCAGCUGCUGGGUCCAGGUCCCUAUCCCCCUUGGUGAUUACGUGCCAGGCGUUGGUGAACCAGAGGGAGGACAGCAUGGACCGGGAGUCAAGAGACAGCGUGGGCAAAAGUGGCAGCAACAGCGUCUUGAAUCCCUCCCCAGAAGGGACGGUGUUGGUUCACAGGGCAUCUGGCAGGCUGCCUGUGGCCACUAUUGCCCCAAAUAAGCCUGAGCAGGGCUCAUACUUGCCUGUGCUGAAGAUCGUUUCCAAGGCUUCUGCCCAGAAGACCCCAGAGAAACUGAAGGAGGAGGAAGUCAAGGAGGAAGGCAAAGCCCCCAAGCCCGCCCCCAAUGCGCUGGAGAAGCUGACUGCUGCGGUGCGGUCCAUGGAAGAGCUGUACAGUUUCAACAGGAACGAGUGGAAGCGCAAAAGCGACCCCCUGCCCAUGAUGACAGACAGCCACGUCCUGUCGCUCAUUGCCAGCGAGGAGAGGGAAGGGGUGGUGGGUGCUGAGGGAGGCCACAACAAGGUGGCCAAACGGAUGGGUGAGGUGGAAGAGCGAGGCCCAGGGCACAAAGGUGAUGUGGUCUUUCGAGGGGCCCCACUAGAACGUCUGCAGCGGAGAAACUCCAACCCCAGCUCUGAGAGUGUGUCUGCCAGGGCUGCUGCCUUUGAGAACUUGGCCAGGCAGAGGCCCCGAUCUCUCUAUAUCCCCCCAGUCCACAAGGAUGUGGAGAGAACCCAACCCCUGCAGCCCCUCCCCCCACUCCCCAGCAACCGGAAUGUGUUCACGGUGAGCACCAGCAGCGCCCAGAAAACUGGAGGCGUAGCCGGCAAGUUCCCACAAGGGCCCUCUCCAGAGAGUCCUUCAGCGGCCAAGGGCAUCAAAUCGCAGGGACUUCGGUCCCUCAAGAUCUCUCCAGCCACCCGGGCACUUCCUGAUGAGGUGACCAACAGGAAAAGUGGCAACAAUUUGGAGAAGAGCAGCAGUGACUCUGAGAAUUACCUGACCAUCCCUCUUAAAGGAAGCUCUGCUGCCGGAGCGCGGCUCGGGGCUGCGAGGGAGGGCCCCCUCGCCUCCUCAGCUGCCACUCUCUGCAGUUUACCCCCACUGAGUGCCCGCAGUCAGGUCCCCAGUAGCCCCAAAGGCUCUCAGGUCAGUGGCACCAGCCGGCCAGCUUGGCGAACCAAACCUGACAACCCGCGGGAGACAGUAGCUGCCCCCCCAGGGCUGCAGAGCCCUGAGCAUCCCCCCACGGCCAUCUACCACCAGCAGCCACUGCCCUUCACCCUCCAGGGGGCCCAGCCCCAGGUCCUCUGCUUCUCCCCCCCUGGCAUGCCUGCCCCAGCUCCUGCAGGCCCAGCUUCGGUCACCACAGACCCCUUCCAGCAACCAAAGCCUCAGCAGACACAGCGCAAGAUGCUCCUGGAUGUCACGACUGGCCAGUACUAUCUGGUGGACACCCCAGUGCAGCCCCUGACACGGAGACUGUUUGACCCUGAGACGGGGCAGUACGUGGAUGUGCCCAUGACCUCCCAGCAGCAGGCUGUGGCUCCCAUGUCCUUCCCUGUGCCUCCCUUGGCUCUGAGUCCUGGUGCCUAUGGACCCACCUACAUGAUCUACCCCGGGUUUCUGCCCACGGUGCUGCCCACCAAUGCCUUGCAGUCCACACCAACUGCUCACACUCCAGGGGGCAGUGAGCUCUCCCCCAUGGCGGCAGAGCACCCCAGCAAAGAGGCAUCUGCAGCUUUCACAGAGGCCCCAUACUUCAUGGCUUCUGGACAGUCUCCCACCUCCUCUUCUUCCUCAGCCCCAGUGGCCACAUCCCAGCUUGUGGGGGCCAAGGGCUUUGCCCAGCUACACAGCAAGCCUGUCAUCAGCAUCACUUCACAGCCCCUGGGACCACGGCUCAUUGCUCCCCCAUCCUUCGAUGGCACCACCAUGAGCUUUGUGGUGGAGCACAGAUGA